AUGGCCACUGCCUCGUCGUUCCUGGGCCAUCCGGGUGGCCGUCCCGGCGAAUACCGCACCCCUUCGCCCCCGCGACGCGCCAUCGAGCCCAUCUCGCCAUCGGUGAAUCACAACCGUCGAUUUUCAUGGAACGAGCGCAGUGCCUUCCGACCGUCACAUUUCGACCGUCCUUCCUACAAACACGGAAACGAUGGCCCUCGAGGGUCAAUGGGCAUGGCCCAGCGCCAUGCUUCUCUGGGGAACAUCCGGGCGAGCCACCCCAAACCCGGCCACGGUCACCAUCGCACGAGCUCAAGCAUCGAAACCCUUGCCAACAUUGCACUGGCAACAAGCCCAACAUUCAAUUCUCUUCCAUAUGAAAAUUCCCGCCAAGCAGUCGGCGCAGGUUCGCCGCCUCUUUUUCCUUCUUCCGCCGACGCAGAAUCAGAACGCCCGGCAAAACGUGCACGGUCUGAGAAAGCAAUGUCACCUGCCUCUUAUCGCACCGAAGCUCGCCCGGUGACUAGCCAUGUUGCCGUUCCCGAGAGCAUGAAGACUGAUGCCGAACUUCUCCUCAACUUUGCUCGCCCAAGCAACUUUUCUUCUCCCGCCCACCACCAUUCACAAACCACCCCCGCCUUCGAUCAACAAUACCAUCGCUUUCCAAGUGAUCAAAAAUGGUCUACAGCUGACGGGGUCAAUACAAAUUUUUCACUUGCUUCUAUUCCCUUGUAUUCUGGAGCUGGGCCUUCGCCAUCGCGCCUGCGGUCUCACUCGGAUGGAUCGGCUGCCAUAGCGCGGCCCGUCAUCCCUGGAUUGCGCCCGAACACCAGCUCUUCGACACUCCCUGCAGUCACAUGGGAAGUUGACCAGCCCAAGCAUACCGAUAUGGUUCAUUCGCGCGCAAUGUCUGAGCAGCACCCUAGGCCUCAAGCACGCCAACCCUCCGUCAGCGGAAAUACCAUGCAUACCGUUGUAGAAACAAGAGAACAAGAUGCUUGGCCAGACGAGCCUGCUCCAGCAAGCUGUGCAGCAUGCCACCUGGUGCGCGUGAAUGUCAAUGGCGAAGACCAAGGCGAAGAUACGUGGAUCAACUGUGACGGCUGCGAACGCUGGUUUCACAUUGUCUGUGCUGGCUUCAAGAACGAUCGUGAGGUACGCACAGUGGACAAAUUUAUAUGCCGAAACUGCCGACCAGUGCAUGGUCAGACGACAUUCGUCCGCAAAUCAUCUCGCGCCAGGACGGCUAUCGACUACGCUGGUCUGAACCAAGGUCUCGUCAAAACAUCCACCGAUUCCAAUGAACAUCACUACAUUCAGCCUAUCAAGGAUGGCAAGAUUGAAUUUUUGCCUGAAACUUUUCCACGCAUGCGAGCCGAAUUAGUGACUGCCGAAUUCUUCGAAAGGGGCGUGGGUAUGACAGAACCUAUAAUCAUUCCAGCGGCCUUCAAUCCUCGUACUUCGGUCGACACUACAGGCCAGGACAUUGAUUUCAAUACACUGGUCAGCGACGCGCAGUCGCAGGAGAUGUUUGAUGAGCUCCUCGAUCACCAAGACGGUGAGCCUGAAGUAGUCAUCGACUGUGGCCAGGAUUUGUUGGACAUGGUCAUCCCCCAAGGCCUCACAGUUCCGGCUGUUUCUCAGCUUUACGGUCCCGAAGAAAGGGUGGAGGUCAUCGACGUCAAAUCCCAGCAAGGAGAGGAUAAAAGAUGGAACAUGCAAAAAUGGGCAGAUUACUAUGAAAGCACGGGGUCAAAGGUCGUGCGGAAUGUGAUCAGUCUUGAAGUGUCACAGAGCCAGUUGGGGAAAUUGAUACGUCGGCCUAAGAUUGUGCGAGACCUCGACUUGCAAGAUGCCGUUUGGCCUGAGGAGCUGAAGGCUGUUGGUGACUACCCCAAGGUCCAGUUCUACUGCCUAAUGUCAGUGGCAGACUGUUAUACCGAUUUCCACAUCGACUUUGGAGGAUCGUCGGUCUACUACACAAUUCUCAAAGGAAAGAAGACGUUCUUCUUCAUCCCUCCAAAAGAGAAAAACUUGAAAAAGUACGAAGAAUGGUGCAACUCACCUGCUCAGGAUUCGACUUUUCUAGGAGAUCAGACUAAGGAGUGUUAUCGGGUUGAUUUGGAAGAAGGCGACACGAUGCUCAUUCCUGCUGGCUGGAUCCACGCUGUUUGGACACCAGAAAACAGUUUGGUUAUCGGCGGUAAUUUCCUCACUCGCAUGAACUACGGAAUGCAGAUCAAAGUUGCCAAGAUUGAAAAGGACACCAAAGUUCCACGCAAAUUUCGAUAUCCUUUCUUCCAGAAGAUCCAGUGGUAUACUGCUUUGAAAUAUCUGGAUGAUGAUCCUGUUUCAGAUGUGAUAGUCGAUGCUUUCGCUCGCGACGAGCAGUACCGGUUUUACCGACAAUUCCCAAUAUAUUACGAGUUUGGAGAUCGUGAAAACGGUGCUGCUCCGGGAACUGCAUAUUACAAUGCACGCUUCUACUCUCAGGCGGAGCUGGAAGGACUACCUGAACUAUUAAAGUAUCUCCUGCGUACGGCCCUCAUUGCAGGUGGCUACUCGGUGGAUGGCGUUACGGCGGAAGCCAGAAAUGCCGUGAAACGUUCUAUCCCUAAGAUGCAGGGUGAUCCAUUGGAGGUCGUCAAGAAGUUUGCUGUUUGGAUAGCUUGGAAACGCGGAAACGAAUACGCACCCAAAUGGACACGCCCCGGCGCCAUAUCGGCCAAUUUCAAGAUUGAGCAAACCGAGAAACGACCUGCCGGGCGGCCAAGCCGUCGAUCCGAGCGACAUGCAGACUCCCAAAAGAUGUAUACUGAAAGGCAGAGUCUUCGGCUCGUUACCGAUGAGCCUUUGGAUGUACAGAACGCUGUUGUCGAGUCAACACCGCAGCCCCCUGAAAAUACCAUACCCGUUCCCCAGCAUGCACAGGUCGCUGCCCCAGUUUUCAAAGAGGAGGCAUUAAAGCCACGGAACGCAAACAAAAGCUCGGGUUUGGGCCCCAAAAGGGUGGCUUGCGAUGCGUGCCGCAAGAGACGCAUACGAUGCCGUCACAAAGACGAACAAAGUGACAGCAUACUUAUUCCUUCACCAGAAAACCCCCCAGCUGGCACCAUUUAUGAUGGUGUCAACCCGCAUCAACAGUCAAUCCUAGCCCAUGACGCAGCAUCUGUACUGAAUGCACUGGCCUCUGGGACACCCAAGCCGACCCUUCACGAAAGUGGGAACGGCAUGGCAUUCGACCAGCUUGAUGCAUAUUCCCGAGAUAAUAUUCACGCGGGUAUGAUAGGAAUGCCACCUGCUGCUUAUUCGCGACCUCUGGAUACUAGUCCGAACGGCAUGGGUAGUGCAAAGAAGGGUAGAAGUAAAGCUUGCGAUGAGUGUCGUAAAAGCAAGCGUCGAUGUAUUCAUGAUGAGUACGGAAGGAUUGAUCCAGUCAAGGCCCAGGAACGGGCAAAACCGCGGGCAGCACCUUCUAGCAAACGGCCGAGACCGAAUGACGAUGGCUUGACACUGGUUACCAGCAAACGUCCAAAGCCAGAAGCUGGAUUUGCAGAGUCCGACAUUUAUUCCGGUUCAGAGGAGAAUCAACUCCUACCAGCCGCGUAUGUGCUUCCGAAUGGUCAUGGAUUUUACCAGCAUGGCCAAGAGGAUUUGUCUACGGUGCAUUCCCCGCCUGAAGAAACUCUCAAACAUUACCACCAACAAAAGGAUUUCUUACUUGAGCCAGUUUCUUACGCAUCGCCUCCAGCGGUGAAAAUUGAUGGAGAUGCCGAGGCAGUUGUUUCUGUACAGACACAGUCUAGUCAACCGACAAAUCUACUAGUGUCGCCGCCAACUUCACUUGUCGGAGAAGCAGAAGUCUCAAUGGGGCAUGUCAAUGAAGAGCAUCAUAGUUCUCUUGAAGGCGACAAUGAGGUGCUAUACACACCGACGUCGAGCUCCCGUCACUCUUCCCGCCAACCGCGCCAAGUCGAAAGGUAUGUGCCGGAUCAACGUGCAAAAACGCCACGACUAGGACCUCGACAGGCGUCGAGUGGGCCUACCAAGAUGGCGGUUAAGGCAACUAGUGCGCCGUCAUCGGUUGCACGAAAGACAUUCUCUCGACCGACUUCGUCCCACAAGAAGAGCGCCUCUCCUGCGUUGGAGAAGAAGCUGGUCUCUCCAUCUCAUGUGAAACGGGAACGCACCUUUAGUAACGAAGACGCUGAUCCUGAAAGUCUACGAUUGAUCAGGGAGUUACAAGAGCAGGACUUUGGUCUUCGACGCCGGCCGGGCCGGGUGGGCUAA